AGCAUGGCAAGUUCUAGCACAGUGAUGAAGGCAGAGAAUGGGCAGUCGAGCUCGAGCUCGAGCUCAAGCUCUAAGAAGAGGGGGAGACGAGCAACAACAAUAUUAACGCUACCACAACCGCGACCACAUCAGCCUAAGGAGCGGUCGCCGUUGACCAUAGCCACCUUACGAUUAGUGAAAGAGAAGGCCGAGAAAAGGGGUAAAAGGACGUCACGGGCUGUCUCCGUCCGGCACUUUGAUAAUACUGAUAUUAACUAUUACUGGUUGCUCCCUGGAUGGGUUGCGGAGGAGCGCUAUGUUCCGUCUGGCCGUAAGGGCCUUGGUAGGAUUUAUAAGUAUUACUAUGAUCCUACUGGGCACAUGUACUACUCCAAACGUGAAGUAUUGUUUGCAUGGAAGAAAAUGAACAUCAUUUGCCUUGAUCCUUAAAGGGUUUUUCUCUCAAACUUGUCAGGGUUACGAAGAUGUUGGACUGCAGCAAGAACUGGAAGGCUUUGUGUGUCAAAUUAAAAACUAUGUAAUAGUUUACUUUUGCUUGUAUUUCAGAUGAUUUGUAGCUUGAAUAUGAUGAAAAGUAAAAACUAAAUAAAUUAAAUCAAAGUUGUUUAAGCUAUAAA